AUGACUUCUAUCACUCCAUUAACAGAGAAAGAAUUCGCCAUUGUAUCUGACUUAUGUGUUCCUUUAAAUAUCAUUUCUCUCAUUUCUUCAACUAUUUCAUGCAUAACAUUUGGCUUCAUACGAAUAUACUAUCCUAAACACGCAGAUCGAGUUUCAUUUCGUUUAAGUUUUGCGGCCUUAUUCUGUGAUAUAGGUUAUUCUAGUCAUCUUUUAAUUAUUCUUAUUUGGAAUAAUACUCCCGGGGCUUUUUGUAGAUACAUGGUUUGGGCAUUGGUAUUUUUUCCUCUUACUUCUAUGUUUUUAAUCGUUUGUAUAGCUUUGAACCUUCAUAUAAUAUUUGUAAACGAAUAUAGCAGAUAUAAUUUUGAAAAACAUUAUUUUAGAAUUGCAUUUUCUUUUGCCCUUUUACUCUCUCUCCUUCCUUUUACCGCUAAUAUGUAUGGUUAUGAUUAUCCUGAAGG